CGCGGGAGCGACGCGGAAACCCCUCUGGCCCCUCGCCUGGAGCCCCGGAGAGCCCCGGCUGGACGCGUUAGGAAGACGUGCUAUUGAAGGCUAACUAUGAAAACAUUUGUCAUUGGAAUUGGUGGUUGAGAGCCCGUGUGGAGACGGUGCGGAGCGCUUCGUCUGUGGCAGCUUGGAAGCCUGCGUCCGGGGAGACUGCAGCGGAACCUUCUGAGAAGGGGCCGAGAGCUUGACAGCUUCGACGGAGGGCCAGCGAGCGGCGACAGCGGCCAGGCGUCAUGAGCGACAGCGGCGAGCAGAACUACGGCGAGCAGGGAUCCCGCUCUGCUUCCCGAAGUGGAAGCGCUCACAGAUCGGGGAAUUCUGCAAGGCAUAGCCCUGCAAGGUCUCACUCCAAGGAAGAUUCCAGGCGUUCCAGAUCCAAGUCCAGGUCCAGAUCCGAAUCUAGGUCUAGAUCCAGAAGAAGCUCGCGGAAGCGUUACACGAGGUCGCGGUCCCGGUCCCGGUCCCAUAGACGAUCCCGUAGUAGGUCAUACAGUCGCGAUUAUCGCAGACGGCAUAGCCACAGCCAUUCUCCCAUGUCCACUCGUAGGCGCCACGUUGGGAACCAGGCAAACCCUGACCCCAACCGCUGUCUUGGAGUAUUUGGUUUGAGCUUGUACACCACAGAGAGAGAUCUCAGAGAAGUGUUUUCUAAGUACGGGCCCAUUGCCGACGUGGCUGUCGUGUAUGACCAGCAGUCGCGGCGCUCCCGAGGAUUUGCCUUUGUUUAUUUUGAGAGCGUAGAUGAUGCCAAGGAAGCUAAGGAGCGCACCAAUGGGAUGGAGCUGGAUGGGCGCAGGAUCAGAGUUGAUUUCUCUAUAACCAAAAGACCACAUACUCCAACACCAGGAAUUUACAUGGGGAGGCCCACGUAUGGCAGUUCACGCCGUCGGGAUUAUUACGACCGAGGGUAUGACCGAGGCUAUGACGACCGAGACUACUAUAGCAGGCCGUAUAGAGGGGGUGGCUGGAGAGCCGCCCAGGAGAGAGAGGAGAUCUAUAGAAGACGCUCGCCUUCGCCCUACUAUAGUCGUGGCGGAUACAGAUCGCGCUCCAGGUCGCGCUCCUACUCCCCCCGCCGCUACUGACGUGCCGGCGAACGCUCUGGAAGCGCCCUGGCCCGGGGCUCUUGGUUGUGGACGAUCCUUUUUCAUUGUCUCCCGUUUGAAAAGUGGACGGUGCCUAGUGGACUUAGGUGACUGUCACGCCUUUUAUGAUUGGUGACCACUUGUGGUGGAGUUGAAAUGCUGUUUUCAUUCUGCGUUUGUGUAGUUCGGUGCUUUGUUCAAAGUUAAGUGUUUCCAGAGAAGUAUGUUUUGCAUGUAUUUUUUUACAGUCUUCAAUUUUGACUGCUGAGAAGUUUCUAUUGUACAAAGCUUCAUUUAAAAGGUUUUUCUACUCAAUCCAGGGUAUUCUGAAGAUCGAAGCCUGUGUGUAAAAUGCUACCAAAUGGCAAAAAACAACAAUAAAGUUUGGUUUUUACUUUUC